GGGGUCAUAGCGGCGGUAUGAAAGGGCCGUGAUAAAGUAGUGCACGAGUCCGAUCGCGCCGAAGCUCUUGCUGAGGGUGAUUUGUAGUCUAUUCGAGUCGUUCAAGGGCGUAUUAAUACAGCUGCAGGCUGUGAGCACUGUAGUAUAGUGCCGAAACUGCCCAUCAAUGAAAAGUGCUGAUGGCCGUAACAUUCUCCACAUGCGGAUUCGCACAACGCGGCGUUGGCGGUUUUGGGCCACCAAAAAGGAGAUAUAGCCAAACCAUCAAAUAAUAAUCCACCAUGGCAAUAACUGGAACAUCUGAGGAAGCGAAUGUCACCGCAAAAGUCAGGUGUCGAACCUCCAGACCCUCAAAUAAAUUUGAUCGUGGAAGUAAGACCGUGAGUUGCAUUUCUGCUUUCCUCAGCAAAACAAUUCGUGGCAGACAGCGCGAUUCGAACCUCUCCAGCACUCUCUGCUAUACCACAAGUUCGAGCAAACCUAGAGUAAAAGAGAAGACUUGCUGAAGGCCCUCUGAUAUACCACAAGCUCGGACACAAGCUCGAGCGAAAGAGCAAAAGAGAAGACUUGCUG